UAAAGCGUUCCUCUGAUUGAACUCUGAUAAUUGCAAAUAUACAUCGAGAUAAAAAUGUUGUUUUACAUACUAAGUAUAUUCAGUGUUAUAACAUUCGGAUUAUCAGCAAGCCCUACGCUUCAUCUAAUUACCUGCAAGCGAGACUCAGCUAAUUAUUCCACUUGUUUAAAACAUGCUUUAGAAGAGGCAUGGCCACGAUUUACUAAAGGAAUUCCAGAAAUAGGCUUUCCGACUUUAGAUCCAUUAUUUUACAAAUAUGUCAAAGUUUCAAUUGAUACAGGCGAGAUACAUGCAGAAAUAAUUUUCACAAAUGUUAGUGGCUCUGGUUUAGCAGAAGCUCGUUUUUCUGAUAUAAGAGCGCACUUUCUUGAUGACGAUGUUUUCCGUUUAGAAAUUGAUGUAUAUGUACCAAAGUUAUAUGCGUCGGGUUUUGUAAAAGCGAGGGGUACUUUAAGUUCAUUCGUACUUAGUGGUGGAGGUUAUUAUAAUGUGACUGCGGAAGAUGUCUCAGGUCCAUGGGAUUUAAUAGGGCAUGUAGUAAAUGAUACAUGGAUUGUAGAAUCUUUUCGUGCAGUUCCCUCACUUCAAAAACUCAAAGUACAAUCCGACGAUUUGUUCGAUGGUAAUAAAGAGCUUAAUAAUCUUGUCUUAACUUUUGUAAACGAGUAUUGGCCAUCGUUAUAUCGAGUGUUGUUGCCAAUAGCAGUCAAAGAAUGGAAUCCAUGGUUUACUAGCAUUGCCAAUACUUUUUUCUCAAAAGUUUCCUUUUCAGAGCUAUUUCCAUAAAAUUGAUAUGAAUUUAUUAUAUAUUAAGAAA